AUGGCACCUACCUUAAAGAACCCCAAAUUGAUCCACACCAAACCAUUCAUCAACGGUGGCUGGUACGACUCCAAAUCCACCAAGACCUUCAAGGUGUACGACCCCGCCACCGAAGAGUUCAUCACCGAAUUGCCAGACCAAACCCCGGAAGAAAUCGACUACGCCAUCCAAAACACUUACGAUGCCUACAACAAGUUCAAGCUCACCUCGCCCUACGACAGAGCCAAGUGGUUGAGAAAGUUGUUCGAUCUCAUGAUCGAAAACUUGGACGAUUUGGCCACCAUCAUCACCUGGGAGAACGGUAAGCCUUUUGCCGAAGCCCAGGGCGAAAUCAAGUACGCUGCCUCCUACUUCGAGUGGUUCGCCGAAGAAGCAAAGAGAUUGUACGGUCACACCAUCCAGCCCUCCAACCACAACAACAAGAUCAUCACCUACAAGCAACCAGUUGGUGUUGUCGGUUUGUUGUGUCCAUUCAACUUCCCAUCCGCCAUGGGUGCCCGUAAGGCUGCUCCUGCGUUUGCUGCUGGAUGUACUGCCAUCUUGAAGCCCGAUGGUCAGACCCCACUCUCGUCCUUGGCCCUUGCUUACUUGGCCAACGAAGCAGGAUUCCCUCCUGGUGUGUUCAACGUGGUGUUGACCUCCACUGAGAACACACCAAUGUGUGGCUUGAAGUUCUGUGAGUCUCCACUCAUCAAGAAGGUCAGUUUCACCGGUUCGACUGCCGUGGGUAAGUUGUUGAUGAAGCAAUCGUCUUCCACCCUCAAGAAGUUGUCGAUGGAAUUGGGUGGAAAUGCCCCUAUCAUCGUGUUUGACGACGCCACCCUCGACCUCGCCGUGGAGCAGUCCAUCAUCUCUAAGUUCAGAUCCUUGGGCCAAACCUGUGUGUGUGCUAACAGACUUUACGUCCAAGCAGGUAUCUACGACAAGUUCUGUGAGGCCUUCGCAGAAAAGGUUAGAAACUUCAAGAUCGGAUACGGGUUCGAAAAGGGCGUCACCCACUCUUGUCUUAUCAACGAAAGGGCUGUUGCCAAGGUGGCAGACCAUGUUGAAGACGCAGUUUCCAAGGGUGCCACUGUGCUUGUUGAAGGUGGUAAGUUGCCAGACUUGGGUAAGAACUUCUACGCCCCAACCGUGCUCAAGGAUGUGACUCUCGACCUGAAGGUGCUUCACGAAGAGACUUUUGGUCCAUUGGGUGCCAUUGUUAAGUUCCAAGACAAGGACGAGGUGUUGAAGGCCUGUAACGACUCUCCAUUCGGAUUGGCCUCUUACGUGUUCUCCGAGAACUUGAACACUGUGUGGUACCUUUCUGAGCACUUGGAAUCGGGUAUGGUUGCUGUCAACACCGGAGCAUUCACCGACGCUGCUAUGCCUUUCGGUGGUGUCAAGGAGAGUGGUUUCGGUAGAGAAGGUUCCGUUCACGGUAUCGAUGAUUACACCGUGAUUAAGUCCAUCACCUUGGGUAAUGUUUACCGUUAA